UGUAUAUCGCCACUUACUACAAACGUGUAAAAACACACACUACAAACCACUAUCACAAAUUCACAAUGCAAGGGAAAGUCACUAGAGAAACAUCACCACUUCCUCUACAAAUAGAGUUAACAAUGAACUCAUCAACGAUCGUCCCCAAUGGCGUCGCAAAGGACAACGACAUGUUAGUCGGGAUCAAAACCAUAAUCUUUCCGAUCAUAGCAAGGUUCCAUGCUGGCUAUUUCCGCAUAAGCCUUUCCUUAUGUUGGCAAACCUUGCUUUGGAAAACUCUAAACGAACCACCCGAAAAUGCCCAUGCUUACCGAAGAAUGCUAGGCAUCAUGCCCUCGGCCGCGUUCCUUCUCAUGUGGUCAUUAUCUUUAAUCAUCUUAGCAACACUUUCAAUCUUAUACAUUUUACGUUGCGCAUUACUAACCAACAUGGUUAAAGAAGAAUACGUAAACCAUAUCGGUGUGAAUUACCUUUUUGCUCCUUGGAUUUCUUGGCUUUUGUUGCUACAAUCUUCCCCAUUUUUCGCUCCAAAAACAGUUUAUUAUCUUUUUCUCUUUUGGGUAUUUGUUGUUCCAAUAUUUAUCCUUGAUGUUAAAAUAUAUGGACAAUGGUUUACUAAAGGGAAGAGGUUUUUGUCCAUGGUUGCAAAUCCGGCUAGCCAGUUAUCGGUUAUAGGUAACUUUGUGGGAGCAAGGGCCGCGGCUCAAAUGGGGUGGAAAGAAAGUGCCAUGGUUAUGUUUUCGUUAGGGAUAAUACAUUAUUUGGUUUUGUUUGUGACACUUUAUCAAAGAUUUUCGGGGAAUAGUUGCAUGCCCGCGAUGCUUAGGCCGGUUAUGUUCUUGUUUAUUGCGGCACCAAGCAUGGCUAGUUUGGCCUGGGACUCGAUUUCUGGGACGUUUGAUUGUUCAUCAAAAAUGCUUUUUUAUCUUUCUCUAUUUCUCUUCAUAUCUCUGGUAUUAAGGCCAAACUUGUUCAAAAAAUCGAUGAAAAAGUUCAACGUGGUAUGGUGGGCAUAUUCGUAUCCAUUAACAGUACUUGCGUUGGCUUCAACCGAAUAUGCACAAGAGAUGAAGAGUAGUGUUGCCCAUUUGCUUAUGCUUAUUCUCUCAGGACUCUCAGUGUUGGUGUCAUUUGUAUUAAUGGUUUAUACUGCUCUCAACACUAAUAUUUUGUUGCCUCACGACAAUGACGACGAUCUAAUCCUCGCGACCAUAGGGCCAAUUUCUAUUAGCAAGACUUCGGAAACACUUACAUGAGUUGGCUGGCUACGGAGACAUACUUUAAUCAUGAAACAUGAUGGUCAUCCAUCCUAGAAUUUUAAAUCUUCAACACAAUUGUAAUUAUUAUUGGUAAUGAAUUUGAUGUUGCUUAUAAUUACUAAAAAAUAUAUCCAAAUUUAAUUAAGUAU